ACCGUCCUGCCUGUCUGAAGAGUUCUACAGUUGAGAAAGUCACCGAGGAAGCCACACAGAAAUCAUUGAGGGAUAAUCGCUGAGAUAGUAGGGGACAGCGAGAUAAACAUGUUCACGAAGAAAGGACAAAAGCUGCAAAAAAGAUUUUGGCUUGUUUGGUGAAAUCUUCAGUCGUGGUACAAUUUUUCCUUAUCCAGCGGUAUUGUCCAAAUGGGAUAUUCUUCAGCAAUUUGUGACUGUAAGAAAUAACGCGAAUAUUUCAAAAUGGACGACCAACAUUUCCGACCACCUGCGCGGACUCUACUGAACUGCACAGAUCAACUCUGCAUUGUCGAAACGUACCAGUAUGAGGUGAUCGUGAUCCCUGUCUUCCUCAUAGGGAUUGCUAUAAUUCUACUUGCCAUUAUUUUCUGUCUACAAUAUCGAAGUUUGAAGCUGAACAAAAAAAGAGCCCAAGCCGAGCAAGACUCCCAGGAGAACUACAAAGGAGGGAACUCAGGGAUCCGUUUAGCGGAACUGUCAUUGGACUCUGUCUUGAGGACACGAGAUCCCAGUCUUUUGGAACUAGAAGUCCAGUGUGAGAGGAUCAGCGAACCAUUCCAGUUGAUGGCAGAAGGGAGGUUUGGCCCAAUCUACAGGACAGCGCUGAGAGAUACAGAUGGAAGAGAAGCCAGGGAUAUUGUUGUCAAACAACUGAAAGGAACUGCUGAGCCCUACGAGGUGCGUGACUUCCUGCAAAGGGCAGCAUUUCAAGCAUGGUUGGGUUCACACUCUAAUUUGGUGGAGAUUAUUGGGUGCUGCACAGAGACGAAGCCAUUUAGCUUGGUGCUGGAGUGCGUGGAGCCAGGCUCGCUCUUACAGUUUCUCUGGGACUGUCGCAGGGAUUUGGUGCCAAUGGAUGGAAUACUUUAUGACCUCACCGAGUGCCAAGUUUACACAAUAGCACUACAGAUCCUGGCAGCACUGGAAUUCCUACAUGAAAGGAAACUAUUGCAUGGAGAUGUUGCAGCCCGAAAUGUUCUCAUCCAGCGCAAUUUCACGGCAAAAUUGACUGGACUGGGUGGAGCUUGUGAAAUGCACUUAAGAGGGAACUUUCCUAUUCGACGUCCUGCUCCAUUGAAAUGGCUGUCUCCUGAACGUCUCCUUUACUUGCCUGUUACAGAGAAAGCUGAUGUAUGGUCCUUUGGAAUUCUGCUUUAUGAGAUGAUAACUUUAGGUGCUCCUCCUUACCCUGGGGUUCCUCCUUCUAAUAUCUUGCAGCACUUACAACGUGGUACCAUCAUGAAGAGACCACCCAGCUGCAAGCAGCAAUUAUACAAUAUUAUAAAGGCAUGCUGGACCUGGAAGAUGGGGGCCCGGAUUUCUGUUCCAGAACUGAAAAAAAGACUACAAGUUGGCAAGAAAUCUUCUGAUGAUAGGACAGUGCUGCAGAUCCCUGAGCUGGUCAUACCAGAGCUGUAUGCAGAAGUGGCAGGGACAGAAGCUUUGAAAAUGGAGAAUGAUUACACUGUCUUCUAACAGCAAAGUCUUAGAAGAGUUAUCCAAAUUGAUAUUUUUGACUCUAUAACUUAUUUAUGGAGACACAGGAAGACUUCUUUUUAAAUGAAGGUUUUAUUUUUUUCUUAUUCGAGGACAAUCUAUGAGAGACAAGCACAGAAGGACAGCAAUCCGAUCAUAGGAAUGUUACAUUAACAUUUUUAUACCUUGUCAAUGGUCUCACUGACUGUGAAGAAAUCACUAAACUGUAUUCGUGAAUUACCUUGAGAGAAAAACACCCAUAUUCCUAUUUAAAGAGAUAUUCAGGGAAAAAUCUGAAAAUAAUCCCUUUCACCCAGAAGGAAGACACCCAACUAAUUCCCAUGGUAAUAGUUGCCUGGUCCCUGCUGUUCCAGAGGUUCAUUGAUUCUUCGUACAGGUGGCACUUUCAGAAUAGCGGCACGUUCUGAGCUCUUCUUGUACAGGUUCCUUGAAGGCUUAUGACAACCACUAUUCAAGACCAAAAUAUGCCUUCAUGAAGAACCCCAGUAAUCUCUGGAAGAUUGUGACCAUGUAAGCAUAACUAUGGGAUUGUGGUGGACAAAAAACAGGGUUUUUUUGCAAAACCAGCAUUUUCCUAAAGGAUCCAUAUAACAUUACAUAUAUACAUUCUGGUCUGUUUAACCAUAAUUAGUUUGGCUUCAGGACUUCAAAGCUGUUAACCAUUUACUGCAAAAUGAAUUUUUUAUAAUCUUGAUUGAUCCAUGCAGUUACUAAUCAGGAGUAACAUCUUCUGGACCUCUUUUAUGCAUCUGUUUGGUUGAAAAGUUCUAUGUUAUUUAUUUAGGUGUGUGAAAUUUUCAAAGUAAAACUAGACCAGGUAUUUGCAAUGUACUCUAUCUUCCUGAGGUACAUUAAAGGGGUUAUCUGAGAAUUUCAUAUUGAUCGCCUAUCCUCAAGAUAGGUCAUCAAUAUCAGAUUGGCAGGGGUCCGUCUCCCAGCACUCCUGCUGAUCAGCUGUUUG